CACUCAAAAGAAAACAAAAAAAAGAAUUAUCUCCCCAAACACCCGACUCAUUAACUGAAUAAAGCUGUUCUCAUUUCUCCUCACUGUUUGCCUUCUUCUGCAUGCUCUGCCUCUUCUCACUACUACUACUUCCCAUAUUAAUACCCUUCUUCCUCCCUUUUUUAUUCUCAACCAAAUUAAACAAACACACCCUUAAAAAACUAAAAACUCCUCUCUUAAUUAUUCUCCUUCUGUUCCUUUGAAUUAUUAACCCAGGCCACGUAUGCCGACUGAGGCGGGCGAGAGGGCGGUAAGGGCGCAACAGAUGGGAGCGCCGUUACCGCCCGUGGAACAACAAGACCCACUCCCUUGUCCACGUUGCACCUCAACCAACACAAAAUUCUGUUACUACAACAACUACAACUUCUCUCAGCCACGUCACUUUUGUAAGUCUUGCCGCCGUUACUGGACCCACGGUGGCACCCUCCGUGACAUACCUGUUGGCGGUGGGUCCCGGAAGACGGCUAAGCGGUCACGUACUUCUUCAUCAUUGGUUACUUCCACGACUUCUACUUCUUCGGGUGUUUCUAUUGGGCCGGGUCUCGAGCCCAUACCCGUUUCUCAGCAGGCUACUCCUGUUUAUGUUUCACUUCCGUCGACUACGGCUGGUGGCGGUGUUGGUGGUGGGUUUACGUCAUUGCUGAGUAGUGGUGGGCCUGGAGGAAUACUCGCGUUAGGUGGGUUUGGGCUUGGGCUCGAUGAUGUUGGGUUUGGGCUUGGACGUGGGGUUUGGGCUUUUCCUCAUCAUGAAGUUGGGUCGUAUGUAAAUGGUAGCAACGGCGGUGGUUGUGGAGGAGGAGAAGGGGGUGUGAGUAGAAGUGACACGUGGCACAUGGAGAGUGGUGAAGUGGUUGGGUUUGUUGGUGGUGAAUGUUAUAAUUCCUUACCAGAACUUGCUAUUUCUACAACAGGCAAUGGUCUCAAGUGAGAUUAAUUUCUCCCCCAAUUCCCUUUUUUUUUCUUGGAAAAUUAAAAAACAUAAUCAAAGAAAAAAAAAUACCAUUAAAUUAUUGUAGUUUUUCUUUUAUACUCCGUACUAAUGUUAUGUUAUGGUGUAAUUGGGAGGGUAUGGCUGUAAUUUUGAUGGGGGGUUAAAUUAGGUAGGUUAAUGUGGAAAUUGAGUGUAUUUUCAGUAGUGUAAUUGAACCUGCUAUGAACAGCUUGAGAUCAUAUUAUCAUAUGUAGUGAUUAGUGAGUUUUGGUUGGUUGUAAUGGCUUUGUUUUCUAUGAAUAGAAGAUAGCCUGGGUUAAUGAAUAUUAAAUCCAAUUGUUUCUCGA